AUCCUCCUGACACUAAACCGAAAAGCCCCACAUAUAAAUACGGGAAGAGGAAACUCGGGCGGGUCACUCUGCUCUUCUUCUGAUUUUGUGAUGGCUUCAUUCACUCUGUUCUCCUCUUUCUCUUCUACUAAAAAAAACACUCUCAUCUCUUCCUUUUCUUCUUCUUCUAUUACCUCUUCUCUCUAUCGCACAAGCUUUGCUCCCAAACGAACCCGGCCUCUCAACUCCGUCAUUAAUUGUGAAAUCAAUGAACCAGCGAAUGAGAAGCCUAAUGUGCCAAUCAUUAAUGAUGUGAUACUUCCAACGUUCUUGCAAGACAAAUGCUCAGAGAAUGCAGUUACCAGCGAUAACACCAAGCUGAAUCCAAAACUGAAGUUAUUUUCUGGAACUGCGAAUCCUUCACUUUCUGAGGAAAUUGCUUGGAACAUGGGGCAUGAACUGGGGAAGAUCACCAUCAAGCGCUUUGCUGAUGGUGAAAUUUAUGUCCAGUUGCAAGAAAGUGUUCGAGGAUGUGAUGUUUUCUUGAUUCAGCCCACUUGCCCUCCAGUCAAUGAAAACCUUAUGGAGCUUUUGGUGAUGAUAGAUGCAUGCCGAAGGGCUUCAGCCAAAAAUAUCACUGCUGUGAUUCCAUAUUUUGGAUAUGCCAGAGCUGAUAGGAAGACACAAAAUCGUCAAUCCAUUGCUGCCAAAUUGGUUGGGAACGUUAUAACAGAAGCAGGUGCAGAUCGUGUUCUAGCUUGUGAUCUUCACUCUGGGCAAUCCAUGGGUUAUUUUGACAUUCCAGUGGACCAUGUACACUGUCAGCCUGUUAUCACGGAUUACCUUGCUAGCAAGAAGAUUAGUUCCAAUGAUCUGGUGGUGGUCUCUCCUGAUGUCGGGGCAGUUGCUAGAGCACGUGCUUUUGCAAAAAAGUUGGAUGCACCUUUAGCCAUUGUCGACAAAAGAUUCCAGGAGCACAAUCAUGCUGAGGUUAUGAACCUGAUUGGUGAUGUUAAAGGAAAAGUUGCUGUCAUGGUUGAUGACAUGAUUGACACAGCAGGGACUAUUUGCAAAGGUGCAGAACUUUUGCACGAAGAGGGAGCACGGGAAAUCUAUGCAUGCUGCACACAUGGUGUUUUUAGCCCGCCUGCAAUCGGAAUGUUGUCAAGUGGCUUAUUUGAAGAGGUUAUCACCACAAACACAAUUCCUGUGAUGGACAGACACUACUUCCCCCAGCUGACUGUUCUCUCAGUUGCAAACCUUCUUGGUGAAACAAUUUGGCGUGUCCAUGGUGAUCGUUCCGUGAGCAGCAUUUAUCAGUAGGCAACAAUAUAGUUUUUCCAGCGUUGUUUUCCUAUAUAUGUAGCCAAAAUAGAUACUAGGGACGGGUUAAGGGUAGACCUGCAAAAGAAACUUCAUCAAAUAGGAUCAGAUAGGCAAAUACUGGAAGAAUGAAUGAUGUUAAUAGGAUCGUCCAACUCAUCAUAAUUUAAAAAAAAUAUGAAGUCUUCUUCCUACUCCACUCUAUCAUUUCAUCUUCACCGUACACCCUUCCCCCUCAAAUAAUAAUGGGAAAAAGGGUCAAAAUAUCCCUCAAUUAAGGCCAAACCCAUCUAUGAUCCCUUAAAUUUGGUACUGAAUUUUACUUAAACAUCUUAGUUAGUGCGAUGUUUAUUUUACACACUUUAUGUAGGGUCCCGUUGUGUCAUUUAGACACUUUUUGUCGACAUAUCAAAGUUAGUGUGAUACACUCAAUAGUAGCGCGUGAAAAUUUUAAUUUAGCUAAUUCUUUAUUUUAUUUUCUUCUCUAAUUUUUAAGUCACCACCUCCGACCAUUUUUUUCAAGAACUCCUUCAAUGGAGGUUAAAUUUUUUAUUCAAAUCUAUUUUUAAGUCAUUUUUUUCUUCUUCAUUGUAUUACUUUUCUAAAUUAACCGUCACCUUCCUCUACUUUUUUUGUCGGAUCAAUGAAUACCAAUACC